AUGCCCACGUGCACGGGCCAUGGUGAUGAUGACCGGAUCGACGCGAUCUACCAACACAGGUUUGAGUCGAGCCCAAAUGGUCUUCUUCAAAGCAUGACUCUCAUCAUCCACACCGUAGCGCUGACAGGCCAGAAGCAAUUCAGCCUUGCGCCACGUUCCAUUGGGGGUGUCUGGCGGCAAACCCUUAUGGGCCUCAACGCUGGCCAUGGCACCCGCGAACCACUUGACGAAGUAUGCGUGAUCGAAAAUUCCAUGGCAAUCUUUGGGGUCACGUUUUCGCUUUUUUCCUCCCUCGAACUUGUCUAG